AAGGUUGUUACUUCCUAUAGAGCUUUGGGAACAAUUUUGAAAAAGUAUAGAUCUGGUAAACUUCCAAAAGUUUUUGCCAUUAUUCCAACUCUUUCAAAUUGGGAAGAAAUCCUUUAUUUAACUCAACCAGAUAAGUGGUCUACACAAGCUGUAUACAAAGCAACUAAAUUAUUUGUCUCUCAAGGUAAUGAUUCAAUUUCUCAAAGAUUUUUGAACAUGAUUUUAUUGCCAAGAGUUAGAAAUGAUAUUCUCACUUCCAAUAAGAAAAAGUCCCCAAUCAAUUCUCAAUUCACUUCCCGUAAACACUUAAAGUUAAAUCACCACUUGUAUCAAUCAAUUAUUAAGGCAACGUGGAGACCAGCUGCUUUAUUUAAAGGUUUCAUUAUUCCACUUUGUGAAGAUGGUCAAUGUACUGUUAAAGAAGCCCACAUUAUUGGAGGUAUUUUGAAAAAGAUGACCAUUCCAGUUAUGCAUUCUGCUGCUGCUUUAUUGAAAAUUGCCUCUCUCGAUUAUACCAACACAAAUUGCAUAUUUAUUAAGGUAUUCUUGGAAAAGAGAUAUGCCCUUCCGACACAAGUUAUUCAAGGUGUUGUCUCCUAUUUUGCUAAAUUCUUAAAUAUUCCACCAGAAAAGGCCAACAUUCACACUGUUUGGUAUCAAGCUCUCCUCACUUUUGUCACUUACUACGGAUCAAAACUUUCAAAGGAACAAAAGCAUCAAAUCAAACAAGUUUGUAAACUU